GCGCAGAGAGACAGCCAGCAGGCAGCAGGCAGCCCCUCAAUGGACGGAGCUGACGGGGGCAGCACAGCAGCCAUUACCCAGAACCCGACCUCCGUGAGCUCCACGGCGCCCUGCGUAAAACCACGCUGCGUGAUCCUGAUCCCCGACAGCUGUGGACGGGCUGCGCGCCUGCGCCGCUCAUCCAACCAGACCGCUCACUGGGCCAUUUUCUGCUGAACCACCUUCGUGCUUUCGGCUGGAGAGCAACAACAGCACCAUAAACCCGCUGGAUAAGUGUCCGCGGAUUUUUAUUUACAUUUCCCCCGAAUCGGAGUCGCCGCAGCGUCUCCUCUUCGUGGCGACAUGGAGUAGAAUCAAAGAUGGGCAUCAGAGCCUUGAUGAAGCUGGCAGGACGCGGGAUGAAACUGGAGCGGCUCAGAGAGCUGGGCAGACAGUACCCGGUCUUCUGUUUCCUGCUGCUGCUCUUACUGCUGACCACUGUGCUUUUAAACAGGUACAUUCACAUUAUGAUGGUGUUCUGGUCCUUCCUGGCCGGCGUGGUCACCUUUUACUGCUCCCUGGGGCCAGAGUCUCUGCUGCCAAACAUUUUGCUGUCCAUCAAAUCAGAGACAAAGACCUUCCAGCAGGAGCUGUUCCCCCUGGGCCACAGCUGUGCCGUCUGUGGGAAGAUUAAAUGCAAAAGACACAGACCAACGUUGUUACUGGAAAACUAUCAGCCGUGGCUUGACCUGAGAAUACCCUCUAAGGUGGAUGCUUCCCUGUCUGAGAUUCUGGAGCUUGUCUUAGAAAAUUUUGUAUAUCCCUGGUACAGAGAUGUCACGGAUGACGAGUCAUUUGUGGACGAGCUCAGGGUGACGUUACGCUUCUUCGCAGCUGUGUUGGUUCGCCGAACUCAAAAGGUGGACGUGGCCUCAGUCAUCACCCAAAAGCUCCUGAAGGUUUCCAUGAAGCACAUUGAAAUUAUCAGCAAAGCCAGACAGAAAGUAAAGAACGCCGAGUAUCUCCAGCAAGCUGCCCUGGAGGAGUACGGUCCUGAUCUCCAUGUGGCGCUCCGCAGUCGCAGAGACGAGCUGUUCUACCUCCGGAAGCUAACCGAGAUACUCUUCCCCUACAUCCUGCCUCCCAAGGCCACAGACUGCAGAUCUCUAACUCUCCUGAUCAGAGAAGUCCUGGCCGGUUCCGUCUUUCUUCCUUCGAUGGACUUCUUGGCUGAUCCUGACACGGUGAACCAUUUAAUUUUAAUAUUUAUCGACAAUUCCCCACCUGAAGAAGCUACAGAGCCGACUUCUGCACUUGUGCCAUUUUUACAAAAAUAUUCUGAUUCUCGCAACAAAAAGCCCUCCGUGCUGAAGCUGGAGUUGAGGGAGAUCAGAGAACAGCAGGAUCUCCUCUUUCGUUUCAUGAACUUCCUCAAACAAGAAGGAGCUGUGCACGUGCUCCAGUUCUGCCUCGCCGUAGAGGAGUUCAACGACAGGAUCUUGUGCCCGGAGCUGUCGGACUCGGAGAAGAUAAUGCUGCACGAAGAGGUGAAAAAGAUCUACGAGACCUACUGCUUGGAUGAGAGCGUCGACAAGAUCCGCUUCGACCCCUUUAUAGUGGAAGAGAUCCGAAACGUUGCCGAGGGCCCGUAUGCAGAAGUGGUAAAACUGCAGACCAUGAGGUGCUUGUUUGAAGCUUAUGAGCAUGUGCUGUCCCUCCUGGAGAACGUUUUCACCCCCAUGUUCUGUCACAGCGAUGAGUAUUUUCGGCAGCUUCUGAGAGGCGCCGAGUCCCCGGCCAGGAACUCCAAGAUGAGCAGCUCCUGGGACUGGAGCCCCGAGUCCCCGUCCUCUGGCAGCUCCUCGCCUGCAUCCUUCACCUCCCUCCAUGCCCAGUCCACGUUCACAAACUUCCCAUACGGCUCGCAAUCCCACCGCCACUCAUCGCCCAAGAGCACGUCAAAGAGGGGCGAGUCCUUCGGGAUCAGCCGCAUUGGCAGCAAGAUCAAAGGAGUGUUCAAAAGCACGACCAUGGAGGGCGCCAUGCUGCCGUCCUACGGGCUGGUGGAAGGAGAGGACGACAUGGUAGAGGAAGCCAUGAUGGUGCUGGAGGACGACUCCCCCAUGGAGGCGGCGUCCACACCCAGCACCCCUCGUAACCUCUCGGCCUGGGACAUCACGAUCCCGUACAUCGAUUUCUACGACGACGACGUGAAGAGAGAGAGGAUUCCUGUCUUCUGUAUCGACGUGGAGCGAAAUGACCGCAGAGCAGUGGGUCAUGAAACCGAGCGCUGGUCGGUCUACAGGAGGUAUCUGGAGUUUUAUGUCCUCGAAUCAAAGCUCACCGAGUUUCACGGUUCAUUUCCAGACGCUCAGCUGCCCUCCAAGAGAAUAAUCGGCCCAAAGAAUUACGAGUUUCUGACAUCCAAGCGUGUGGAGUUCGAGGAGUACCUUCAGAGACUUCUGCAGCAUCCUGAGCUGAGCAACAGCCAACUCCUGGCUGACUUCCUGUCUCCUCACAGCAUGGAGUCUCAGUUCCUGGACAAGAUGCUGCCGGAUGUGAACCUGGGGAAAAUCAUCAAGGCGGUGCCCAGCAAACUGAUGAAAGAGAAAGGACAGCAUCUGGAGCCUUUCAUCCAGUCCUUCUUCAACUCCUGCGAAUCUCCCAAACCCAAACCGAACCGACCUGAGCUCACCAUCCUGAGCCCCACGUCAGAAAACGAUAAAAAGCUCUUCAACGACCUCUUCAGAAACAACGCCAACCGAUCUGACGUGACGGAGAAGCGACACAACCAGAACUACUUCAUGGAAAUGAUCACUGUUGAAGGGGUGUAUGAUUAUUUAAUGUAUGUGGGUAGAGUGGUGUUUCACAUCCCUGACUGGUUGCAUCACCUGUUAAUGGGCGGCAGAAUCCUGUUCAAGAACACCCUGGAGGCCUAUACCGAUUACUACUUGCAGCACAAACUGGACCAGGUGGUCCAGGAGCACCGGCUGGUCUCGCUCAUCACCCUGCUUCGAGACGCGGUUUUCUGUGAGAGCAGCCCGCCGCGCUCGGCCCAGGACAAACAGAGCAGAGCCAAGAGGACGUUCGAGGAGAUGAUGAGCUACAUUCCAGACUUUCUAGGAAAGUGUAUCGGAGAGGAGGCCAAGUACGAGGGAGUCCGGCUGCUCUUCGACGGACUGCAGCAGCCGGUUCUCAACAAACAGCUGACCUAUGUGCUGCUGGACAUCGUCAUUCAAGAGCUUUUCCCAGAGCUAAACAAGCAGGUGCAGAAGGAGACCUCUGUGAUGGCUCCAUGGAUGUGAAAAUGAACCCAGCGGAUGAGCGGACACGGUCGCCUGGCAGGAAGUCGUGUUUCUCCUCCCACCGGCGGCUGUGGGACCCGCAUCCUGAGAGGCUCUGAGUCCUGGGUGGACGGCACCAGUGGGCCUCAGCGUCCGCAUCUUAAAGGACGGUCUGUCUUCACCUGGAUCGACCGCUGAUCGCUGACCUGAUCAGCCGUGAAACUCGGCCCUCUAACGUUGCUACAGACCGCUGAACAUGCUGCAGGUUAUGAGUCACCUUAACGGCCGAAUAUGGCCACCAUGGUUUCUAAUUGAUGUGAUGGACGGGAUGUGAAGGGAAACUAAAGAUGUUUGCACUUUAAAAUUCAGUUUUCUGUGCUGAAAUGUGAAGGGAAAGCUGUUUUUUUUUAUUUAUUUGCUGUAGCGCCGUUCCUCUGAUGCUUCAGUCACUACAGACCUGCUUUCACUGCAGCUUUGCUCCUGGUGUUUGGGGGGGAAAGUGAAGAAUUUCUGUUUGGAUCUAACAGCUGGACAAAAAAGUUAUGACUUUUUUUUUUUUUUUUA